UUUUGCUGUUACACUCUUUUCUCAGUCUCCUUCAAUAUUUUCAGGACUUGAUUCUUUGAGUCACAAUGAAUGUAACAAAGAUAAUUAUAUGACGGAAAAAGACAUACAAUUUCUUUUGAUCACAGCAUAUCGACUUUUAAGAUUUUCUACGACCACAUUUUCUCGUUUAUGGGAUUGGUCCACGCUUAUUCAAUUGUUGACACAUUCGAAUAAGGCUAUUCGUUAUCUAACCUUGUGUUGUUUGGAAAUUGUUUUUGGUUUGAGUGAUGAUCAAAAGGAAAAGGCGCAUAGUAAAUGGAUUGGUCCAAAAAAUGAGCCGAUUUUGAUAGAUUGGGAAAAUGGCGAAUCAUUAGAUGUUCGAAUGUUAAUUAUUUUGGACCAAGUGAUACACUAUAAGCAACAGUUUAGUUUGCUCCAAAAUGAUUAUAGCAGUUCGUCAUUAACAGAGUCGCGUAUAUUACAAGAUGAUGAUUUAUCACCGUUAACUGUCAACAUUUCUAAAGUUUUGCUACAGAAAUUAAAUUCAUCCGUGAAUACUACAUUAAAAGUAAAGAAACGUCUUGUAAUGACUGAUUCUACGCAAAGAAAUUUAAAUGAAAUAUGUUUGGCGCUUUCUACGGGUUCACCA